UGAUUGGCCGGUGUUGCAAUCUCCUGGCCAAGCGGGAUUUAAAUGCAGGUCAGUAAGAUUAAUGUUAAAGUAACGUUACCGUUGCAUCACGUAGCUUGGUGCAUUGCAUGUUUACAUAAUGUAAUUUUCCAUGCAUAUACAUAUCAUUAUUACUUGACAUUUCAGGUCAAACCUCCAGCUACAAAAUCUGCAGCUACAAAGAAGGCCAAAGAUUUUAAUUUCAGUAUUAGCAGAGAAAAUAUCAAAUAUGGACCUCUGCGAGUACCAGUAACACCAGCCACUAAGAUUUCCCGUGGACCAGAUAUCUACAAGAUGGACACAGAUCCUCGCGGGUUUGUCUGCGUUCUGAAUUAUAACUCUUUUAAGGAUCGCCCUGACCUCAGCCUCGAAGGUGCUGACAAUGAUAUUCUAAAUUUAGAAAGCAUCUUUGGAAAAAUGGGAUAUACUGGAAACACUUACUCAAAUCUUACAGCUGAAAAAACCAAGGCAUCCCUGUCAGAUAUUAGGGAAUUAGAUAUCUUAGAUGAUGUAGGAUGCGCAGUCUUUAUAAUCUCCAGCCAUGGUAUUGGGGGAGAAAACUUCUUAACAUCUGACAUGCAGCUGCUAGAUACCAAGUGGUUGUAUUCAUCCUUUAGGGAUUCAAAGUGCCCACAACUUCAGAAUAAACCCAAACUAUUCAUUUUUGAUAUAUGCAAUGGUUACUACAGGAAUGAUGCUUUUCAAGCAAAAUCAACUGAGUUUGUUGCAGAAGAUGAGCCAUGUAAAGAUAUGGUGUGUAUUUAUUCCAGCAGCACUGGCAUGACGUCUUACACCUUUACCAAAGAUGGUACUCCAUUUAUUACAUCUCUCUGUCGUACGCUGGCUACGCAUUCACACAAUAAAGAAUUUGGAGAGUUGUACAGGACGUUCUUACUUGAUUUUAAUAGGGGUAAUCCCACUACUCUUCCUGAAAUGAGGAACCUAUCGUUUGCAAAAAAGUUUUUCUUUAACCCAUGAGCACCUUCAUUUCACAUUUUCUGAGCAAUCACAGUAUUUAUACAUAUGUGUCAUACUGGAAGGUUCCUUGCACAUAUAUUGAAGCUGUGCACCAACACCUUUGCAUCUAUAAAGUACACCAGACGUUUACAUAAAUUGUUUUGCUCCACACUGACCAAUGACAUGAAAUACUUUCCCAUUAAAACUUACAUUUUACAUACACUGAAUUUCCAAGGUCAGCAUGAAUGAAGCUUUUGCUAUGCAGAUUUACUUUGUUUUAUUAGCAUCAUGCUGAAGAUAUUUGCAUAGCAUUUUCAGCACUAUUUUGGCAGGAAAGUUUAGAAUGAAUAUUACUCUCUUGUAUUGGCUUCAUAUAUUAAUAAAUACAAUAAACUA